ACGCACACACAUUCGCUACACACUGCAGCGUAUGCACACGGCCGAAAAGCAGCACGUAGAACGCGGUGCGCCCCUGGCGGCGGACCGUGCAAGCGACCCUCGCGAAAAUAAUUAUCGCGAUUUAUGUUAUUUGUGCAAAUGUGAUCCGGGAGCUUAAUUAAUUAGAGGCGAUGCCGAGUAGCGGCGAUUAAAGGUGACGGACAGGCUCCUGGGGCUAGCCGGCUUCGCCGUGAGUGCACUGGAACGGAGUGUCAGCGACGGCCGCGGCACGGGGUGAGUAAUGGAUCUGGCGGAAACUAUGAAGAACAUUGUAGCCAAGGGUAUGCAAACAGAAAUGGGUCCUCCAGGUGGAGGAUCAGGCUAUCCUGCUACACCGAGCAGUGCUGGCUACGUCACGGAGAAGAUAUACAUGUUGUUACAAGCGUACUUGCAAAACAAAGGAUGGAAUCCUGGUAUCGAGUUGCUGCAGUGUUUCACCGAGUUCAAGGACGCAUCCAUGAUGCCGAGCGCAGCUUAUUUACAAAUGAUGGCAUCCAGGGUUGCAUUGGACUCACAAGGGAGACUAGUUCUCCGUGAGAAUGGAAAAAUAAUACUCCCCUAUGAACACUUUGCCAAUGCUGUGAUGUUGAAACACAUGAACGGCCCACACGGCUUACAUCUGGGCUUGGAGGGUACAGUCAGAGCGGUAAUGGAAUCUUACACCAUCGGUAGGGAGUGCUUCGGUAUGGAGAAGGAGUUUAUAAUAGAAGUCGUGCAGAAUUGCCCCAACCCGGCUUGCCGUUACUACAAGAAUCAGCUGGAACUCACUCAGAAGAUGGGCCACAUGGCGCCCACUUACAUCCAGGAGAACGAAGCGACCGCGUCUCUUCUACGUACUGGUUUCCCGCACAGUACGGACUUUCAAGCAACGCUGAGCAGUUCCAAUCCGAACACGCACAUGGGAGGAGGAUCCGCGGCGGAUUUACCGGAGAUGAGGGGUGCUGGCAAUCAAAUGAAUCUUCAACGUCCUCCAAGCCGUCCGUCAUUAAAUAUUCCGCAUCGGCCUGUAUCGCAAGAGAAGAAAGUGCCGUCUGGCAAACAGCAUUACGAGUCUCUAUUGUCUAAUAUACCGAUUUCCGACCACAAGCUGACAGACUUUUUACGCACCAAUCUGGACAACCUGGACAAUCUUAGCGGGCUCGGGUUAGGGAACUUGCAAGGACUGGGGAACGCUAAUAAGGAUCUGUUGGCACUGCAUAACGGUGCAUGGCCUUUGGAAAAUGAGAAAGGAUCUCGGUCGUCGUCAACAAAUUCGGAAGGUGGUCAGGAGAAGAUUGUGCGCGCUUUCGCAGAGGUGAUGAAGAACAUGGCGAGAAUGAAAGCUUGUGUGCGGCCAGCAAUGUGCAAGCCAUACGGCAAGCAGUCCGAGGCUCUGCAAAAAACAUUGGUCGACACGAUACAGCUUGUGCAAUCGUUGAGAAGCUUCUUGCCGCCCCCGCAUAUUCCAGUCUCGAGCUGGAAAAACGACGAUAAACACCGAUUAGAUCAUACCGGACGGAAGUCGGCUUAAGCAAGCCAAUCUGCAUGAAGAAAGAUCAGACGAAACAGCGCAAGAAAGGCACGUCGACAGUUUUUCAGUGUAAGAUGGUUACAAGUGACAUUUGACGAAUUAGUUGUACAUGUGCGAUUCACAGAACUCGUAAAAAUGUCUUAUUGUUAACUCUAAGCUAUUCUCGUCUAAGUGCAAAUUUAGAUUGCUCACUUGCGCGACUCCUGUCCUUAAAGGGGUUAGUAAGAUGUUGGUGCGAAAGGUUUGUCAAUUAAAGUAGAUAGCGGAAUCAUCCAGCUUCGAAGGAUCAGUAAUUUUUGCGAGUAGACAACACUGACUCGACACAUCUUUAGACAUGCAACAAGGACUUUCUAUUUUUCUUUUAAAAUCCAAAAUAACUCUCUACGAGAAUUUAAUAAAAAAGAUGACAAAACUUUGGCAUCGAGCUAAUCAGAUAACGAGACAAUUCAACGGCAAGCAACAUGUACACUUUUCGCCUUCUCUUUUCGACAGAAAAGCCGGUCCGAUUGAAGAACUGUGCGAGCAGCGCAAGUUAGACUAAGCGUCGUCCUCGCUUCAUUCGCGACAGACCGUGGUCGUCUCGUCUUUCGCGCUCUAUGAUGUUCUAGUCACAAGAUGUUUAUCGAUUAGUUGGGUGUUUCGUAUCUAAACAACCCGAUGGAUUGCUCAAAAGUUGUUGGCGUUUAGGACUUCAAA